AUGUCUGAUAAUGAUAGUAAUGUGCAACCGGUCGUUGAUUGUACAGAUAUAACUUCAGAAAAUUCGUCUGCUCUGUCUCCUGCGCGUAACACUUGUGAUUCUGAAGAGGAGACAUCAUCGGGAAGCGAAGACAACUAUGACGAUGAUGAUGAUGAUGAUGAUGAUGAUGAUGAUGAUGGUAAGGAACCUCCUUUGUUGACUUUCUCGAGGAUGACUCAAAUACCGAAAACUUUUUUUCAGAGAGAUUCCAUAUCCGCUUGUCUAUUCUCAGAUUCUUUGUUUGCGUUUGCUACUCAUUCGGGGCUUCUUCACCUAACGAGACCUGACUUCACAACGAUAAGAACUUUCAAAUGUCACAGGUCUUCAAUUCUGUCUGUUACCACUGAUGGUUAUUAUUUUGCAACAGGCUCAAUAGAUGGUACGGUGGUUAUUGGAUCAAUAGAAGACCCCCAAGAUAUUUCAGGAUUCGAUUUCAAGCGGCCAAUUCAUGCUGUUAUUCUUGAUAAGAACUAUACAUCUACAAAGACAUUCAUUUCAGGAGGAAUGGCAGGAGAGGUCAUUCUUACACAAAGGAAUUGGUUAGGGAAUAGAACGGAUACUAUACUUGAAAAAAAUAACGGGUCAAUUGUAGGAAUAUACACCAUAGACGACGUUGUGUUUUGGAUGAACGAUACCGGGAUAACUUUCUAUUCAACUGCUUCAAAAGCCAAGCUACUUAAUAUACCAUUCCCCCCGGACGAGCAAAAUAGACCUGAUCUUUACUGGCCAAAAGUCACCUUUCCUGAGACGGACAGAAUCAUUAUAUGCUGGGGAAGUCACAUUUGGCAAGUGAAAAUAUCCAUCUUAAAAAACCCAGAGGCCUCUAAUAACCUUGGCUCUCUUUUAUCGACAGCUGCUUCUAGUUUAAGAGGCGUGCCUGAUAGAAAAGUUGAACUUGAGCAUCAUGUAAGGCUUAACUGUUUGGUUGCCGGGGCUGCGGCAUUCAAAGAUGAUCAAUAUUUAUGCCUAGCAAUUAGGCAAUCAAGUUCAGGGAAACUGGAUACACCUGAAUUGAAGAUAAUAGAUAUUUUGAAUGGAGAAGAACUUCAUACGUACCAGGUAAUUUCAAAAAGCUUUCAGAAUAUGAGUCUCAAUGACUAUCAUCUUGGUGUACACAUCGGUGAUGGGAAAUCAGAAUACUAUCUUUUAAGUUCAACAGAUGCUAUUAUUACGAAAGAGCUCUCGUUGGUUGAUCGCUUUAAUUGGUACGUUGACAAGAAGUUGUAUGUUAAAGCUUGGGAAAUCGGGAACUAUGCGGUUUCCCCUAUGGAUCGACUCGUGGUUGGCCUCAAGUAUAUUGAUCUUUUGUUUUCCGAAAACAGCUGGACGGAUGCGUCUGGUGCCAUUGCUACGAUAUUUGAAGAAACACCCGAGGAGAGUGAGGAGUUGUCAAACUUCAAAAUUAGCAAAUGGGGGAUGUACAUUUUAGCAUUUAUUAAACAUGACAAAACUGAUGAAGUAGUUGAUACUAUACCCACUUCCCCAGUAUUAGACUACAACGUUUAUACUACAGUUCUAACAUGGUACUUAAAAAAAAGUCGCUAUACAGAAUUACUUCACCUUCUAAGCACCUGGAGUCACUUCUUGUAUGACACAGUCCUAAUUACCGAUCAAAUAGAAGAUGCACUUCAAAUAAAAGACACGCCGAUCCUCAGGCGGUGUUUGGUGGUGAUAUACUUAGCAUCGGAACAGUAUUUAGCUGCUGUUAGACAGCAACUGAUUUUGAGAGAUGCUGCUGCCCUAGAUGUUCUUUUGGAACAUAACUUACUCUCAAAUUUCGUAUCUGAGCUCAAAGACAUUGUACUUUUGCCUUUUGAAGGGCCCAUUGAUAGGCUAAAUAUCAUGAAGCUUAGUCAGAUCAAGAACAUAUUCCAAAAAUCUAUUGCUCUUUUAGUUGAUAAUAGACACUCCAUUCCAAUUGAAAAGCUUAUAGAGGAAUUAUCUGGGUCUUUGCAGGUACUGUUAUUUCUUUUUCUACAAGAAUGUAUGAAGAUAGAGCCACUUAUGAUGGCCCCCUAUGAAGAUAACAUGUUAGAACUCUAUCUUAUCUAUGAUAAGCCAGGUUUACUAGGCUUCCUCAAAACUAAAUCCAAUUACAAUAUAGAUAAAGCUAUUAAAUUUUGUCAAGAAGAGAAUAACUUGCAUAAUGAGUUGAUAUUUUUGUGGAGUAAGAUAGGUGAAAAUAGAAAAGCAUUAUCGUUAAUUAUAGACCGCCUAGAUGACCCAAAACUUGCCUUUCAAUUUGUCAAGGACUCGCUUGACAAUGAAUUGUGGAACUUUCUUAUAAAUUAUAGUCUAGACAGGCCGAAGUUUAUCAAGGCUAUUUUGGACAGCUCUGAACUAUUUGAAGACGAAAUUGCCACAGUGGUCGAUAAGAUUCCUGAUAAUAUCGAAGUUGAAGGGCUCAAAAAAUCGUUAGAAGAUAUUGCAACUAAUAAUGAGUUAAAAUUGGGAGUCGUGAGUAGCAUUUUCAAAAUUGUUGAUGAUGAGACUAAGGAGAUGGUAGCGGAAUUUUUGAUUAUUCGAAAGAAAGGUAAAAUCUUUCAUAACUAA